AUGGAUGAAAUGGAGCAUUCAGCAUCAUCAAUGUGGACAGAGGUAGUAGAAGCUCUCGUGCCCCAUCACAGCUUGAACAAGCUGGAAAUCAGUGGAUAUAAGGGCUCCAGGCUUCCACAUUUGAUGUCAUCACCCUUCAAUUUUAUAAAAGAGAUUCAUCUGGAUUGGUUGAGUGAGCUGUCAUCACUGCCGGUUAUGGGGAAACUACCUUUCUUGGAAAUUCUCUCUAUAUGGAUAGUGGAUGAAUUGAAGUUUGUUGGGAGGGAUUUUUUAGGAAUAGAAUCUUCAUUUGAUGUUGUUGUUGUUGCAUUUCCUAAACUCGAGAAACUGGAAUUUUGGUACUGCUCGAAAUGGGAGGAGUGGGAGGACAUAACGGAGGAAGAAGAAGAAUCUGCGGCCAUCUCCAUCAUGCCAUGUCUCACAAAAUUGAUCUAUCAUUUGUGUGAGAGUUUGAAGAAGCUGCCGCAUCGCCUGCUGCGUAAGGUCUCCUCGUCUUUGCAGUUGGAUACCAGUGGUUCAACAGAGCUAGUAAAAACAUACGGAGAGGACAAGGAAGGUUCAGUUUGGAGAUCCAUAUCCCAACAUAAUCCCCAACUUAAACUUCGCUAG